CCCUUUGUUCAGUCUAGCCGGUGGGUUGAGUCAGAGGGAGGCUGUGCUAACCCAACAUAUCCUCACCACCGUGGGAACACCGACAAGAGUGAGAAGAGGCCGGGGAAAACAGCGAAGGUUACCCGGGGAGUCUGUUAACGGAGAGUCGGACAACGGAAAAGUUGUUUUUGAGUGUUGCUGAUGCUGCGUUUCAUUUCGGGAACAACCGUCAGGACCUGUGUGCUUCUAUUCCGCUACUGAAACAGCCUUAUAUGUCGACUGUUUUCGCUGAAUGGUGGCUGCUUUAGCUAUCUUCCUGUGUAAAAUAUGAACCGGCAGGCUAACUGCUAACCAUCCCCGGUGUGUUGCUGACACCGUGCAGUUGUUGCCAUCAUCCACGCUGACUCUCCCUUUCAGUUUCUGCUCAGCAUCCAUAUUUGCAUCCCAGGGAGUGGCAACCACUAAUCCCCCGCUCCUGGCAAGAAGAUUGAAAGUUGGCCGGUGGUCGGACACCCCCUCGGACGCUCUUAUUUCACACAGAAAGCUAAACAUGGAGAGCGACAGCCACCACUCCCACAUCUAGUGCCUGAUCCACAAGCCUUCAUCACCCAGGGAGGAGCUCUCGCGUCCCGGCCGUCUCCCUGCUUCUGUAGAAUGAACAUGCUCAAGUCCAGUGGACUAAAAAUCCCUGGCCGGGGGCCCAAGCAUUCCAGCCCAGUGGGAAGGACCUCAGGGGGUGGAACCUCCAGCCCUGUAGUCCCUAAAGACAAUGCUCCACUCAAGCCCACCACACCAACUAAAAUCUCUGAAGAGGGCGACGAUGUUCUGGGGGACUACACAGUGGGUGAGCAGGUCUGGGUCAACGGUGUCAAACUAGGAGUUAUUGCCUACCUAGGGGAGACACAGUUCGCCCCAGGACAGUGGGCAGGCGUGAUACUGAAUGACCUAGUUGGCAAAAACGAUGGGUCAGUGGGCGGCGUGCGCUACUUUGAGUGCCAGCCCCUCCAGGGCAUCUUCACGCGACCCUCGAAGCUCACCCGACAGCCGGUCGGAGAGGGAAGUGACAGCCACUCCACUGACUCGCUCUCUGUCCAGAAUGUGAGUCAGCAGGGCGGCGGUAGCGCCCCCUCUGGCCAGCGGGUGGUCGUGCCACUGAGAGAGGGCCUCCUCAACAGCGCAGUGAAAACGGGCAACGAGUCGGGGUCCAACAUGUCUGACAGCGGCUCAGUUAAGAAAGCAGGGGAUAAGGACCUUAGAGUUGGAGAUCGAGUUUUGGUGGGAGGCUCUAAAAUGGGAGUCAUACGCUACAUGGGAGAGACAGACUUUGCCAAGGGUGAAUGGUGUGGGGUCGAGCUGGAUGAGCCCUUGGGGAAGAAUGAUGGUGCCGUGGCUGGUACAAGAUACUUUCAGUGUCUUCCCAAGUUCGGCCUGUUUGCUCCGAUCCACAAGGUGAUCCGCAUCGGCUUCCCCUCCACCAGCCCUGCCAAGGCUAAGAAGAGCAAGCGGAUGGCCAUGGGGGUUUCCUCUCUGGCCCACAGCCCCAGCAGCUCCUCCAUCAGUUCAGUCAGCUCGGUGGCCUCCUCCGUGGGCGGACGACCGAGCCGAACUGGACUGCUGACGGAGACAUCUUCGCGCUACGCCCGCAAGAUUUCAGGCACCACUGCGCUCCAGGAAGCCCUGAAGGAGAAGCAGCAGCACAUCGAGCAGCUGCUGGCUGAGAGGGACUUGGAGCGAGCAGAGAUGGCCAAGGCCACCAGCCACAUCUGUGAGGUGGAGAAGGAGCUGAGCGUGCUCAAGGCGCAGCACGUGCAGUAUGUAACAGAGAAUGAGAGCACCCUCCAGCAAGUCAAAGCCAUGUUGGCCGGCGCACAGAAAGAUAAACUGGAGCUGGCCAAUCAGCUCGAAGAGGAGAAAAGGAAAGUGGAGGACCUCCAGUUCAGAGUGGAGGAGGAAUCCAUCACCAAAGGAGACCUGGAGACUCAGAGGAAACUGGAGCGUGCCCAUAUUCGUCAGCUCGAACAGAGCCUGCUCCUCGAAAAGUCGAGAGCAGAGUUGCUUCAGAAAGACUUAGAGAAGAGGAGGCAAACCACGGUUGAAGAGCAGAGUCGUAUCAUGCAGCUGGAGGAGGAGCUCAGCCUCAGGAGAGCUGAGAUCGAGAAACUCCAGGCUAAACUCGGAGGAUCUGACACAGGCUCGCAGCAAGCCGACGACAGCAACGCUGCCCCGGGUGCCAGCACCCAGCUGGAGACGCCGGUCCCGCCAGAGCAGCUUGUGUCUGCGAGCCACGAGCACUACAAGCAGAGCAGCAAGCUUAAAGAGAAGUAUGAGGCGGCAUUAGCAGCAAGCCAGCAGGAGAUCGACUCGCUGAAGGCGCUGGUUGAAAAUAAGAGCCAGGAGGUCAGUGAGAUGAAGCAGAAAGUUCAACAGGCCACCAAGGAAAACAUGGAAAUGAUGGACACCUGGAAGGAUAAAUUUGACACUUUAGUAAUUGACCACCAGCGCUCCCUGGAGGAACUGAAGGCCUCAUUAAGUAGCGAUCAUCCCACUCCAGCAGGCCAAGAGCAGGACGUCCAGGAGCUGAGAACCACUCUGGAGAGCCUAAAGAUGGAGCACCAGCUGGAGGUGGAGAACCUAAAGGCCAAACAUAAGAUCGAAGCCGCCAUCCUGACCAAGGAACGUGAAGACUUCUGCACUCGUCUUCACGAGGCCAAAGAUCAGCUUGCCGAGGGCAACCAGACGUGGAGGACCGAAGUCGAGGCCAAAAGCAGCAAGCAGGCCCUGGAGGAAGCCACCGAUAAGCUACAGAGGGCGGAGCAGAGGCUGGCGGAGAUGGAGAAGCGCCGCAUUGAGCAGGACAAAUGCACAGAGCAGCUGAGAGAGAGAUUGGAGCUGUCGGAGAAGAAGAUGACAGACUAUCAGGCUCUGCAGAAGGCCCAGGCAGAGAGCCAAGAGGAGAUCCAGAAACUGGAGGAGAAGCUGAGGGUGACGGCGAACCAGCUCCAGGCCAUCCAGGCGGACCGCUACACAUCCCAUGAUGCAAAUGUGAUAGAAGAUAAUGAAAUUUCAGAUGAGAAGAUGAAGCUAAAACAGAAUAUCGAAGAAACAAUGGAGAAGUUGCUGAAAAGGGAAAAGGAGGUCUCGACUCUCUCUUCGCAGGUUGAAGCCCUUAAAUCCCAGAUGGGAGCACUGGAGGGCAAAGUUCGCUCAGGGGAAAAGAAAGCCGAAGCCCUGGCCAAGGAGAAGUUGCGUGUGGAGGCAGAGCUGGAGUCCAUGACCAAGAAGUCCCAUGAUGCCUCUGGGCAGCUGGUCAAUAUCAGCCAGGAGCUGCUGAAGAAAGAGAGGAGUCUGAAUGAACUGAGGGUGUUACUCCUGGAAUCACAUCGCCACUCAAGGGACAUGGAGAAAGACCUGAACCGAGAAGUGCACAAGGCCGAGUGGAAGCUCAAGGAGCAGAAACUUCAGGAAGACAUCAAGAUGCUGCGUGAAAAAUUGCUUCUACUGGGUCGGGAACGAUCUUCACCUGACCACCGGCGGUACUCCAUGCUGGACCCCUCUGUCCUGGACUCAGAGGUGAACCGCCUCCGCCAGCGGCUUCUCAGCACUGAGGACGCCCUGAGGACCGCCAUGGAGCACAACCAGCAGGUCGACCAGCUGGUCCAGGCCAUGCGCAGGCAUCCAGAUAAAAGCCCGGUGCAUGGUGCAAAUUCAGCCAAUGGAAUUCAUCAUCAGGAGUCAGACAGCACUCGAGAUGAACAACACUGAUAUGAGCGGAAGAGAUAAGAGUGAACUGGGGCAUGCGGAGGUACAUCUUAAAGAAAGCUCGUCCGACGUUACUCCUGAUUUCUGCGACGGACGCCUGAAGAACAUUUCAGUUUACAGUUAAAACCAAAACAGCGAAUCUCUAUCUCGAGUGAAUUUAUGUGUUGUUGCAGAAAGCACCUAUUAGCCAAUCAUGAAGACCGCUUAAAGUACUAUAAAAUAUAAACAGGAAAUGGGACAUGGACAUGAAGAGAUAUUAUCGGUACAACUCCUGAGAACGUACAGUAUGGCAACUUCUGAUGCUUUACAGUAGUUAGAAAUUUUCAGUCUGCGAGUUGCCGGGGACUCUGUGACAAUUCUUCAUUUUGAACCAGAAGGCAAAACGGCUUGUGGACGACGAUGUGAAGAACUGGGUCUCAGUCGAUUUGUUUGUUUGUUUAUUGCUUUUACUCUUCUCCUCAGCUUUGUUAUAAUCCUGUAUGGGUGAGCUGUCUCGGCCAGUGAUACUCAGAGCAACUCUUCAAGGAUGACUGACUAUUAUUUUUAGGGAGUUUGGCUCAGUUGUCACUUUACUUAAUACCUGUAGAGAGAACUGGUUGAAAACUCAUUACACUCAGCUCUGUCCAGUGUUCACGCUUCGGCUUUAGUGUACAAUAUGAUAAGUAAUUGUGGGUGACUGCAGGUAAUGGAAGUAUUAAAAAUGAUCUUUAAUAAUACCUCAAAUCUCUCUUAUGAUUAGAAAACACAAACACAGGCCUGCAAAGUAGCUCAGAAGGUUUAUUAUUCAUCUCUCUUGGUUGUGAUCAGGUUAAAUCCAUUUUUGUUAUGAUGGAUUCCAACAGUGGCCAGGAUUUGGUUGGAAAUUAUUUUUAAACCAUCUUCAAAACCACCUCCCACCACAUAAUCCACUUCUCCAGUUUCCAUCUGAGUGCUGAGUCUGUUCCAAACACUAUUUAUUUCCACCAGUCCGCAACAAAAUACUCUGCUUCUGUCUCAAUCCUCUCAUUCACUUUGAUAAUGCAAAAGACAGAUUUUAAGCCAUCCAAUUUGUGUGUGUGUGUGUGUGUGUGUGUGUGUGUGAAUGUGUUUUAACUUUUUGUCACUCUUUAAAAAUCCAGUGUGUAGGAUUUGGGGAUAUACAUUGUCAGAAAUGGAAUAUAACAUAAUAAUUAUGUUUUCUUUAGCAUAUAAUCACCUGACGACAAGAAUCUUUGUGUUUUCUUUACCUUAGAAUGAGCUGUUUAUAUCUACACAGGGAGCGGCAUGUUGUUAAUGCAAAAGCCUAGAAAAGACAAACGAACACUGGCUCAAGAUAGGACCAUUUGUGUUUUCACGUAGAACACUAUAGUAAGCAGCCCCUCCGCGAUGAGCACAUAACAGCAAGUGCUGAACUAGCAGCCCCCACCGCCGACAUGCCAAACAGCAUUUGAGAAAUACCAAUUUUUAACAUGAAACUGCUUUAUUCAGUAUUUUUACCGAUUUUAAUCACCGUGUCCAUUUGUGUUGGAGACAAAGAGACCUCUGCGGAUAAUUCGGCUUCUGGUAAAUACCUCAUGAACAUUUUGUUCUUAAGUUUUCAGAGUAAAAAGGUGAGCACACACUAGUAGGUGCCGAGCUAGCAGCCCAAAAUGCUGACCAUCAUCGUAGAAGCACUGAUUUGUAACAUGAAACUGCGUUAUUGGGUGUUUUUAUCCGUUUUUUUUUUUUGUUUGUUUGGUUUUUUUUGUUUG